AAUGUAUGAAAAUCUAGUGUUAUUUAAAGGGAAUUAUGGCGACUUUUUAAAGGAUUUUUAAGGGUAGGAGUGACCAGUGCUUGACAAAUUGGGGUCAAGAAGCGUCCACACUGAGCAUACUGAUUUUGAUGCAGUAUGAUUCGUGAAAUUGGCUAACUUGAAUAUGCAUAAGAAGGACAAAUUUUUGAAUAAAAAAUAUGUAACACUUUGCAAAUAAUUACUGCUCAACUCUUCAAAACAAAAGCUCCUAAAUCAUUCAGCGUCAGCACCAGGAAUCCCAGUACAAGUACCUUUGUUUCAAAAUUUUGAAGUUUCUGAAACAAAAUGCCCCUCAGUAGUCCAAUCCCGGCAAGGUCAAAGUUAUAAACAACAAGUUCCAAAAAAGACAAAAAUGAAGCUUUACUAAAACGACGGUUUACUGACCAGGUUUAUUGACGACGAUGGAAGGAUAAUGUAGGAUAAUAACGAGGAAAGUUUCACGACACAAUUCUGUAAAAAUGCUGACAAUGUCGGGCGCAGUAGGUGCACCUGCAGGAUUUUUAGCCAGAAUAUCAUCAUUGGAAAGAGAAGUCUCGUUUUUGAAGCAAAAAGUAGAAGACGACGCAAGAUGGAAAUUCUGUGUUCAACAAUUCGUUCUCGACAAUUUUGCAUUCGACAUUCAAGGCGCCCUACUGCACGGGCAGCGUCGUAGAAAUUACUCAACGACGGCUACGUCGCCUCAUUUGAGCAGCAGGUGUGCUCACCCCGAAAAGAGAAAGACCUCAUCCUCAGGAACAUCUUAUCGAAGUAAAGUGAAAGUUGAAAGGACAGACCCCAUACAAACGAGGCAUGGAGUAACGGACUACAAUCCGCACAAUCGGGGUGACGAUGACGAUGAUCAAGACGACGACAUUAGUCCAACUGGUUUCAUGGAUGAGGAUGAUGAUGAUCCGGAAAUAAAUGUUCAUUGUUUUGGCGGAGUUAUGGAGGAUGGAAUGGAGGUCAAUGUGAAUCCAAAGGAUCUCAUUAUUACGCCAGAUAUUAGUACAGACAACGAAAAACGAGAUGGUUCUACGAUAGACCCAAGUAAAAGACCUGCAGCUACUCCUACUAGAAGGACAUCCUUGCUGGAUGACACGGAUGAUGACCUCUUGGGUGAUGUGGGAGCCCAAUCUUCAGAUGACGACGCUUCUUCUGGUUCAUCUUCUGAUGACGUCUCAACUCGUCGUCCCCACAGAAAAAUGGAGUGGACUCUCAUCGGAACUUAUCCGAAUGUGGAGACCAUGAAACAACAGUUCAAUUUGAGAGAAUGGGGACUAUCCACUAAACAGACCACAGGAUCCGGUGCCAAAAUAUAUUAUUAUUGCAAAGAAUGUCGGAAACAUGGACCAGGUCGAUUACUAAUUCGAUACAAAAGUGAAGAGAGUGAAGUAGAAAUUCUAAAGAAUCAAUUGGAGCAUGAUCAUACAACAAAGAAAAGGUUAACGGAGGAGAUGAAGGUUGAAAUUCUAAGUCUGUACAAAGCUGGAAUGGCAGACUCACCAAAAAUAUUAGCAGCUCUAAAGGUCUCAAAACCACACAUGCGGCAACCAACCGUAAAACAAAUUUGUCACAUACUCAAACCACUUAGACGGGUGGAAAGAAAGCACAAAAUGAAGGAAAAGAAGAAAGCUGCCAAAGAGAAACAAAGACAAAAGAGUUGCUCAGUUGAUUCAACCUCUGGGGAAAAGAACAAGGUCACAAAGAAAAAUGUCAAAAAAGAUGUCAAAAACGUCUCUACCUUUGGGGGCGGAGUGCCAUCCCUGUCGUUUCCUUCCUCUUCUCUGCCCCCAUUCCCACUACCACUGUCAUCCGGAUCUUCUUCUACGACCUCAAGUGUUGGUGGCAACCUAACUUCUCAGCAGCAGCAACACAUCAGUCAAUUCAUGUCAGCAGCAGAAUCAGCAGGGUCUCGAGAUUAUCAAAGACCUCACGUCGUUUCUGUUCCUGGAUUCCCAACCCCCAGCCAGCAACAACUCCAACAAUUUUAUCAGCAACAUCAGCAACACCAGCAUUCCCCAUUCGACCCACCCAGUAAUGUCCACCUGGGACAGGCAAAUUAUCCUUUAGAGUUCAAUAAAUAAAAAUUGCCUGAUAGGAAAUUGUUGUGUCAUUUCCUUACAUAUAAAAUUAGUCAUUUUAAACAUGAAUUAAGGUUGUGUUAAUGUGAUUUGUGAUAUUCAUAGUACUAUAUGUAUAAGAAUUUUUUGUAUAUAUCAUUCUUAUUUGGGAGCAGAAAUUAAAUCAAAGCCAAACACUGCAUAAAACCAAAAUUAUGCAUAAGUUGGUUUGGGAUUCACUAAUUACAAUCAA